CAGGCGGCACCGGCGAGUAAGGCCACGGGACAUCCUGUAGAAAUCUGUUAGCUUCCUGGUGAGGUGGGAUGCCUCACCUCUUAGGAGGAAGGGUCUGACAGAGGAGCGGGGGAGACAUGAGACUGUGUACCAUCCUGCUCCAGGAGCCGGAGCUCGUGGGUCCGAGAGAGGGGGAUCAUCAGCUAGGGCAUGCUGCCCUCAGCCUGGAGAGAAACUGCCUGAGGCAGUCAAGCACCCCAUCAACCAGACUGAAAAUGACCGAACUACACCUGCCUUUCAGCACUGAAUCCACUGAACUGCUAACAAAAAACAUGAAAUGCCCAGAUCUCUCCCACCUUAAAAUGACCUUCACUUAACCUUCUCGUCCUUGAGCUAUCUUCUUUCCUCCUUUUUACAGAACAGAGAUCUCUCUACCAUCCCUGGAGUUGAGAUCUCUCUGCCUUCUGGGAGCCAGGUCUGCACAUGCAGGUGCCAGCUCAGCUUGCUGAGGACCAAAGCCUAUUCCUAGGAGAGAGACCAAGAAGAAUGGCCCCUGGGAGCCAGAGACCCUCAUCCCAGGAUUUGGUGACCUUCAAGGAUGUGGUCGUGGACUUCAGUGAGGAGGAGUGGCGCCUCUUGGACCAUUCUCAAAAAGAACUGUACAAGAAGAUCAUGCUGGAGAAUAUCCAGAACCUGCUAUCCCUGGAUUUAGAAACCAGUUUCGAAGUAAAUGAGGUCACUAGCAAUCUUGGAAUUUUUCUGGCAAAACAUGACCUGCAAAGAUUUGUGAGUGAUGUUCCCUGGGACUUCAAGUUGAGAGGAAUCCAUGACUGUGAUAUCAAGUUAAAUAAAAAUCCAAAGAGUGACUGUGAAUUGGAUGAAAAUGGAAAGAUACUCAGACAGCCUUCCAUGCAAAAUCACUGUAGGAAACUGACCUCAGGGAAUGACUGUGUUCAGGAUAGUGAAUAUAGUAAAUGCUUUACUGAAGAGGUAGAGCUUUUUCAGUCCCAUGAGAAGCCUCCUGAAGUGCCAGUGUAUCCAGGUAGUCAAUGCAAAAUGGCCUGGAACUGGAGUUCAGACCUCAUGAGAAGUCAGAAAAGUGAUACUGGAGAAAUGCUUUCUGUAAGUAGUAAAGGUGGGAAGACCUUGAGUCAGAACUCUAAGCUCGUUACUCAUCAGCAAAUUCCCAUUAGAAAGGAGCCUGUUGAAUAUAGUGAAUGUGAAGCAACUUCAUCCCAUCACUCAUGUCUUCCUUACCAUCCUAGAUUUCACGCUGGAAUGAAAAGACAUGCACGUCCUCAGUGUAAGAAGGCCUUUGGUUGCAACUUACAUCUUGAUAGAUCGUGUAAGUUUCAUACUGGGGAGAAGUUUUAUGAGUGUCAUGAAUGUGAGAAGGCUGCCUGCUACAGAUCUCUCCUUAUUGGCCAUCAGAGGAUCCACACUGGAGAGAAACUAUUUGUAUGUAAUCAGUGUGGAAAGGCUUUCACACAGAGCUCCAGGCUUUUUGCACAUCAGAGAACCCACACUGGAGAGAAGCCUUUUGAAUGUAAUCAGUGUGGAAAAACGUUUACAGAAAAGGGCAGUCUUGCUAUACAUCAGAGAAUUCACACUGGAGAGAAGCCUUAUGAAUGUAAUCAAUGUGGAAAGACCUUCAGAACGAGAUCCCAGGUUGCUGGACAUCAGAGAAUCCACACUGGAGAGAAGCCUUAUGAAUGUAAUCAAUGUGGAAAGGCUUUUAUAGACAGGGGCAGUCUUGCUAUACAUCAGAGAAUUCACACUGGGGAGAAGCCUUAUGAAUGUAAUCAAUGUGGAAAGGCUUUCACGCAGAGGAGCCAUCUUGUUGGACAUCAGAGAAUCCACACUGGAGAGAAGCCUUAUGAAUGUAAUCAAUGUGGGAAGACUUUCAGAACGAGAUCCCAGCUUGCUGGACAUCAGAAAAUCCACACCGGAGAAAAAUCUUAUGAAUGUAAUCAUUGUGGAAAGGUGUUCACACAGAGGAGCCAUCUUGUUGAACAUCAAAGACUCCACACUGGAGAUAAACCUUAUGAAUGUAAUCAAUGUGGGAAGACUUUCAGAACGAGAUCCCAGCUUGCUGGACAUCAGAGAAUCCACACCGGAGAGAAAUUUUAUGAAUGCAAUCAUUGUGGAAAGGUGUUCACACAGAGGAGCCAUCUUGUUGGACAUCAGAGAAUCCACACCGGAGAGAAGCCAUAUGAAUGUAAUCAAUGUGGAAAGGCUUUCACACAUAGGAGCCACCUUGCUGCACAUCAGAGAAUCCACACCAGAGAGAAGCUUUAUGAAUGUCAUCAAUGUGGAAAGGCUUUCACACAGAGCUCCAGGCUUGCUGCACAUCAAAGAACCCACACUGGAGAGAAUCCUUAUGAAUGUAAUCAAUGUGGAAAGACUUUUACGGAAAGGGGCAGUCUUGCUAUACAUCAGAGAAUCCACACUGGAGAGAAGCCUUAUGAAUGUAAUCAAUGUGGAAAGACCUUCAGAACGAGAUCCCAGGUUGCUGGACAUCAGAAAAUCCACACUGGAGAGAAAUCUUUUGAAUGUAAUCAUUGUGGAAAGGCCUUUAUAGACAAGGGCAGUCUUGCUGGACAUCAGAGAAUCCACACUGGAGAGAAGCCUUAUAAAUGUAAUCAAUGUGGGAAGUCUUUCACACAGAGGAGCCAUCUUGUUGGACAUCAGAGAAUCCACACUGGAGAGAAGCCUUAUGAAUGUAAUCAGUGUGAGAAGACUUUCAGAACGAGAUCCCAGCUUGCUGCACAUCAGAGAAUACAUACUGGAGAGAAGCCUUAUGAAUGUAAUCAAUGUGGAAAGACUUUCAUAAACAGGUGUAAUCUUGCUACACAUCAGAGAAUCCACACUGGAGAGAAGCCUUAUAAAUGUAGUCAAUGUGGAAAGGCUUUUACAAAAAGGGGCAGUCUUGCCAUACAUCAGAGAAUCCACACUGGAGAGAAAUCUUAUGAAUGCAAUCAAUGUGGAAAGCUUUUCACACAGAGCAGCUAUCUUGUUGGACAUCAGAGAAUCCACACUGGAGAGAAGCCUUAUGGAUGUAAUCAAUGUGGAAAGGCUUUUACAGACAGGGGCAGUCUUGCUGUACAUAAGAGAAUACACACUGGAGUGAAGCCUUAUGAAUGUAAUCGUUGUGGGAAGGCAUUCACACAGAGGAGCCAUCUUGUUGCACAUCAGAGAAUCCACACUGGAGAGAAGCCUUAUGAAUGUAAUCAAUGUGGAAAGGCUUUUACAGGCAGGGGCAGACUUGCUGGACAUCAGAGAAUCCACACUGGAGAGAAGCCUUAUGUAUGUAAUCAGUGUGGAAAGGCUUUUACAGAAAGGGGCCAUCUUGCUAUACAUCAGAGAAUCCACACUGGAGAGAAGCCUUAUGAAUGUAAUCAAUGUGGAAAGGCUUUUAUAGACAAGGGCAGGCUUGCUGGACAUCAGAGAAUCCACACUGGAGAGAAGCCUUAUGAAUGUAAUCAAUGUGGAAAAGCUUUCACGCAGAGGAGCCAUCUUGUUAGACAUCAGAAAAUCCACAUUGGAGAGAAAUCUUUUUAAUGUAAUCAGUGUGGAAAGGAUUUCACCCAGAGGAGCCCUCUUGUUGGACAUCAGAGAGUCCACACUGGAGAGAAGCCUUAUGUAUGUAAUCAUUGUGGAAAGGCUUUUAUAGACAAGGGCAGUCUUGCUGGAUGUUGGGGAAUCCACACUGGAGAGAAGCCUUAUGAAUGUAAUCCAUAUGGAAAAGCUUUCAGGCAGAGGAGCCCUCUUGUUGGAUAUCAGAGAGUCCACACUGGAGAGAAGCCUUGUGUAUGUAAUCAAUGUGGAAAGUCUUUCACACAGACCAGUCAUCUUGCUUCACAUUGGAGAAUACAUACUGAAGAGGAAACUUUUGAAUGUAAUCAUUGUGGAAAGACUUUCGUAGACAGGUACAAUCUUGCUGCGCAUCACAGCUUGCUGGACAUCAGAAAAUCCCCACUGGAGAGAAACCUUGUGAGUGUAAUCACUGUGGAAAGCCUCGUACAGACAGGGGCAGUCUUGUUAUCCAUCAGAGAAUCCACACUGGCAAGUAGCGUUAUGGAUAUAAUCAAUGUGAAAGACUUUUAGAUGUACUUCCAAUCUUGCUUCACAUCAGAGAAUCCACACUAGGGAGAGACCUUUUGAAUAUAAUCAAUGUGGAAAGUCUUUCACAGAGAGCUGAAAUCCUAAUGUUUUUCACCCCUCCUCAAUAUGACAUGACUUUCAUAGGCUUCAUUUUUUUAGCCAUCCCUCCAUUAAUUGGUAUUUACUUCUUUUCCUGCUGUUUGCUGGCAGAAAAAUUCCUUCUUAAAUGUUUUGGAACCUGUUGGACAUUAAUUUCUCUGUUGCUUUCUUUAAGGGGCUAGGUGACAUGGUGAAUGAAGUACUGUCCUUGGAACCACAAGGCCUAAAUUUUAAUUCAGUCUCUGGCACUUCCUUUUUGUAUUUCACUGGGCAAUUCACGUUAGCUAAUCCUGCCUGAGUGUCCCCAUCUGUAGAAUGGGGAUAAUAAGAGCAUCUACCUCCCAGAGUUGUGGUGAGAA